AAAAAGAAGAAACGGUUUCCGUCGAACUAUAUACUCUGGUCUCUGCGUUCGGUGAUAUAAGAUAUUCGGUCCAUUUUUCAUAGUUAUCCCUCAUAAGCGCUCAAAUCCAAUCGCUAGAGUCAAUUAAUCCUACCUAUCAAUUCACAAUGUCUGCUUCCGUUCCUCCUCCGGCCGCCGAUCAGGAUUACAAGGCGUCAUUGCUCCCACUACUGAUCUCCAACAACGUCCUUUCUUUCGGCACAUAUACCCUCAAAUCCGGUCGUGAAUCUCCCUACUUCUUCACUUCGUCUCUGCUUCACACUGCACCACUCCUCCGGGCCACAUCUGCCGCCUACGCCAGCGUUCUAUCCGCCGAGCCUUUUGUAAAGACGGCCGCCGAUGGCACCCUCAGCCCCAACUUUGAUAUCAUUUUUGGUCCUGCUUACAAGGGCAUCCCCAUCGCCGCGGCCGUGACCAACGAACUGGCCGUGCGUGACUCUAUCGCCGGAACCCACACCUGGGACAAUGUCAGCUAUUCAUUCAACCGCAAGGAGGCCAAGGAUCAUGGCGAGGGUGGCAACAUCGUCGGUGCCCCAUUGAAGGGCAAGCGGGUUGUCAUCGUCGACGACGUGAUCACGGCGGGAACGGCCCUGCGCGAGGCUGUAGGCAUCAUCCAGAAGGAAGGCGGUAUUGUCGCUGGUGUUGUUGUCCUGCUCGACCGUGAGGAGAGGGUGAGCGAUGCAGAGCCUAAGAGUGCUGUCGGUGUUGCGCAGAGGGAUCUUGGAGAGAGCAUCCCCAUCCGGGCUGUCAUUGGUCUCCAUGAUUUGAUUGAGAAGCUGGGUGAUAAGAUUGGCGAGAGCGAGAUCCAGCGGUUGAAGGACUACAGGGCUCGCUAUGGUGCUGAAUAAAUCAAUUGAGGAAUGUAAUAUAUUGAACGAUACCAAUGAGUGUUGAUGAUAUUCGUGGGUUGAUGGGCUUGAGUAAUAGAAGUUUACAAUCUUUGCCUCACUAACGGUAAAGUCAUCUAUGC